CAUACAGAGAGAGAGAGAGAGAGAGAGAGAUGGCAACGUUAUGUUUAGCUUCUCAGGUAAAAGGAUCUAUUCAUAAGCAACCCAUUCCCCACAGAAUUGGUGAGCUCAAGACCUCACUCUCCUCUACUGUCAAGCCAUUCAUACAAGAGUUGGAGAAACUACCAAUGAGGAUUGAUGUUUCCAAAACCAUCAAGAGUGUAACCCUCAGAAUAUUGGAUGCCUUUGUCGAUUCGGUCUUUCAAUUUGUUGACCAACCAGUUCUCCCAUCUCAGAGAAACUUUGUUCCAGUCGAAGAGAUAGGACACAUUGCACAGAUUGAAGGCAUUGUAGGGGAAAUUCCAGCAGAUUUUCCGGAGGGUGUUUACAUAAGAAAUGGUGCAAAUCCUCUAUGGGGGGGUUUAAAAUCAACAAUUUCUGUGUUUGGAAAAUCAAGCCAUGUUUGGGUAGAAGGAGAAGGAAUGCUUCAUGCUUUGUACUUCUCUAAAGACACCAAUGGAAAUUGGAGCUUUGCAUACAACAACAGAUUUGUGGAGCCAAAGACAUUCAAGAUGGAGAAACAAAGGAACAAACCAUCUUACCUUCCAGCUGUGGAAGGAGAUUCACCUGCAAUUUUAGCUGCUUUUGUGCUAAAUGCGUUGAGAUUUGGAGACGUAAAUAAAAUCCUUAGCAACACGAGUGUUUUUGAGCAUGGGGGCAAGUAUUACUCCAUUGCUGAGAACUACUUGGCUCAAGAAAUUGACAUUUCUUCCCUUUCAACUCUUGAUGAUUGGGAUCUUGGUGGAGCUUGGGGUCGACCUUUUACAACCCAUCCAAAGAAAGCACCUGGAAGUGGGGAACUAGUUAUUAUGGGGGUUGAUGCAGUGAAACCAUAUUAUGUUGUGGGAGUUAUCUCAGCUGAUGGAAAGAAACUAAUUCAUAAGGCUGAUGUCAAGUUGAAAAGGAGUACUCUUGCUCAUGAGAUUGGAAUUACUCAGAAUCAACCACCUAUUGACUUAUGUCUUUUGAAUGUCAUAGAGCUUUGCUUGUCUCAUCCACGAUAUUUGGGAUAUCUUGUAUCACCCAUCUGUGAUGUCUUUGCUUUUAAGGGACAUUUUGGAAAUCCCAUAAAAAUGGAGCAUCAUAAGUUUGCAAAGAACAAUUUCUGCACUGGAUCAGCUUAUGUCUCUAAACCUGGAGGUUCUGAAGAAGACGAUGGUUGGAUUGUCGCUUACGUCCAUGAUGAAGACACUGACACAUCUCACGUUAUUGUAGUGGAUGCCAAGAACUUCCAGGGUGAGCCUAUUGCAAAAAUUCCUCUGCCACAAAGAGUGCCAUAUGGUCAUCAUGGAGCUUAUUUUCAGACUCCAAGUCAGCAUUAGAUAUAUUUGAUCUGAAUGUAGUUGGGAUUGGGUUGUCUCGCUAUGAUGGCUUUUGCAUCAUCCCUCCUCUUUCUUUUUCUUUUUUGUUGAUGUUUUCUUCCUUACGUGUAAGGUUCUCGAUCAUCAACAAA